AUGACGAUCCAGCCGUCCGAGAUCAAAAACAAGGCCAAGCGCGAAGAGCUCUAUGCCAAACAAAAAAAGGCCAAAAACAAGGCCCAGCGCCAACGCCGCAAGGAGAUUCUCAAAGAAGAAGAAGCCGACCCCAGUCUCCGCGAAGCCCGCCUUCGCGAAAACAUCCCACAGACGCAAGAAAACACGCGUGAAUUCGACGAAGCCGUCAUUCUCGAAGCCGACGAGGAAGUGCAGCAGGACGAAGAGGUCGAUGAGUUUGCACAGUACUUUAACGGACAAGCACCCAAGGUUCUGAUCACUACAACGCCGAAUGCCGGAAACAAGACCGUGGGGUUUGUCCACGAGUUAUGCUCGAUUAUCCCGAAUAUCGAGUAUGUUAAGAGAGGAAAGAAGUUUGAAUUGCAGAAGAUUGUGCAGUUUUGCCGUAACCGUGAGUAUACGGAUGUUAUGGUGGUGACGGAGGAUCACAAGGAGCCGACGCAUUUGACUUUGAUUCAUUUGCCUGAAGGACCCACGGCGCAUUUCCGCUUGACGCGCGUGAAGGGCGGGAAGGAGAUCUCCGGACAUGGUCGUGCAACCUCGCAUUACCCGGAGCUGAUCCUUAACCAGUUCACUACGAGACUCGGACAUACUAUUGGCAGGAUGUUCGCGGCUUUAUUCCCCCAAGUGCCGGAAUUCCAAGGAAGACAGGUGGCGACUUUUCAUAAUCAGCGUGAUUUCAUCUUUUUUAGAAGACACCGGUAUGUGUUUAAGAGCGGGAAGAGAGUGGAUUUGCAGGAGAUUGGCCCGAGAUUCACCCUGAGACUGAGAUGGUUGCAGAAGGGUUUGUAUGAUCCAGCUAAUGGAGAGUAUGAGUGGAUGUAUAAGGCUGAUUUGGAGACUAGCAGGAGGAGAGUGUUCCUUUAA